AAAGCAACAGUUGGCACGAAGUGAAAGUGCUCACGAGGAAAUCCGCGCCCGAGUAAUCCCAAAACACCGAAACCUGCGUCAAAACAGAGACAAAGUGCACUAAAACACGACCAAAUCUUCGCCAAAACAGGGGAAAGUGCACAUAAACACGACUAAAACCCUGCGCAAAAACAGACGGACAGCGACCCAAGGACACGUGAAGAUGGAGCAGACCACGGAGCAGAGGAAGCCCACGGAGCAGAGACAGGAGGCAGCGGACAGUGCCCCGGCUCUGAAUGGAGUGUUACCCGGGCUGAAGCGCUCCGAGGCGGGGUCGCUGAUGGAGAGCUGGCGAGAGGAGCGCACUCGGAGCCUGGAGGACAACGAGAUGAGCCUGCCGUCGCUCGCAGCCGCCUACAGCACCAUCCUCCGCGGUUUAGGAGAGGACCCCCACCGUCAGGGACUCCUUAAGACCCCGUGGAGAGCCGCCACCGCCAUGCAGUUCUUCACCAAGGGGUACCAGGAGAAGAUCGUGGACGUUCUGAAUGAUGCAAUCUUCGAUGAAGAUCAUGACGAGAUGGUGAUCGUCAAAGACAUCGACAUGUUCUCAAUGUGUGAGCACCAUCUAGUCCCCAUCUUCGGAAGGGUUCACAUUGGAUACCUCCCCAACAAGAGAGUCCUGGGCCUCAGCAAGCUCGCCAGAAUCGUUGAAAUCUACAGCCGAAGACUACAAGUUCAGGAGCGUCUGACAAAGCAGAUCGCCGUGGCCAUCACUGAGGCACUGCAGCCGUCGGGGGUCGGUGUUGUCGUCGAGGCAACACACAUGUGCAUGGUGAUGCGGGGCGUGCAGAAGAUGAACUCAAAAACUGUCACCAGUACAAUGCUCGGAGUCUUCAGAGAAGAUCCAAAGACAAGAGACGAGUUCCUCACCCUGAUCCGGACCUGAACUGGGACUUGACAGGGACUCGACCAUAACUAAACCUGGACCAGGCCUGGAUCAGCUCUAGACCAGGAUUAGACAUGAGACCAGGCCUAGACCAGAACUAGACCAGGACUUGGCUCAGACCUGGUCUAGAACUAUGAUUAGAUAAAGAGUAAGGGUGUGUUCACACUUGCACAUAAAUCACAUUAAAUCUGGGACUAAGCCUAAAAAUAAACCUGGUCUAGACCAGGACCAAACAAAGUUCACAUCACGACUAAGCUGAGUUCAUCCAGGACCAAUCAUAAGUCUGAACGCACCUGAACCCUGAUGAGACCUGUUUCAGGUUUGAGAGGAAGACCUGUUUUUAUCUGGACUCUGUGAUGAGCAGAGUCAGUCUCUGGGAUUUUAUAAGAAUCAAAUCCACAAAUGUGUUUUUCUCUGAUCAUUUCUGUCAGUGUCAAAGUCCAGGUCUAUAUUUAGGAUUGGGAGGGCAUCUGACACAGGAGGAUAUUUUUGGAUUUCUGUUUUGAGUCCAGAGUUAAGUCCUGUUUGAUCUGGUUCAGGUCCUGGUCUCUCUCUCCUUGUGUAUGUGUGCACUUGUAUGUGUGCACGUGUGUACGUGGGCAUUGUUGUACAGGUGUGGGAGCGGCAGGAGUCUCACUGUUGUGUUUUACUCUGUGUUAGUGUUUACUGUGUGUGUGUGAUUGUGUGUGCACGUGACUGUGAGCGUGCACGUGAUGUGGCCUUGUAUUUGUAGACAAUAAUUGUUUUUAACAUUUUAAACUGUGUUUAAUUUCCAUUUUAUUUUUGUGACAUUUUGCCUAUAUAACCAAUUAAAUCUCACUGAUCUG